AUGCUAUUUUUAAGGAAGUCUCCUGCACUCCCUGUCCGGCCUCAGCCUCGUGGGCACGAAGAUGAUCUGUCCCGGCCACGGACAGACUCGCCGCUGGUACAGACGAGACCGGCCUACCUGUCUGUCCCGGUGCCUCUCUGUCCGUUGUCCGGUAUCCGUCCGUAUGUGCAUGCUUGGGGCCUCAGCCUGUGUGCAUGCAUGUAUGUGCGUGUUUGUGUGUUUGUCCUUGCGACCUGGCACUCAUCCACAUAUGCGUCGCUCUGUCCUGCUGCAGAUGAAUUAGUUGCCCAGUCUUAUGGCAAUUCGUCCGUACGUCCGUCAAUGUUUCUGUCUGUCUGUCUGUCUGUUCGUCCGUGUGUCUCGCUAAGAACCCUAGCCACCCCAAAAAAGGGUUUGAUGUCUUGGCACGGAAACAGCCGCUUGCAUAGUCUGUCAGAACAACUUGUCAAGGUGACUCGGCACUAG